AUGCCGCCUCCGUCCACGGCCCAGCAAAAGGUCUUCAUCGCCCAGUUCGUGUCGCUGACUGGAGCGUCGGAGAGGCAAGCCACCAGGUAUCUCAAGUCGACCGGGUUCAAGAUCAACGAGGCUGUCGAUGCGUUCUACGCCGCCGGCAAUGAGCCCAAGACUUCGGCCUUGGAGACUAAACUCGAUGGCCUCUUCGACUCAUUAAGAGAUGACGGCAACGAUGAGAAGAACAAGUUGGAGUUGGAGUCCACGAUGGAGUACCUGAGCAACAAGCUCAAAGUCAGCAUUGAGAACGCAGAACUGUUCAUUGCACUGGAGCUGGUUCAGGCCCCUAGCGUGGGAGAGAUCACUCGCAAGGGCUACGUCGACGGAUGGAAAGCUACUGGAGUCGGUGCAACGCACCAGGAGCACGCUGCCCACAUCCGGAAGCUCAAGUCCAGCCUGUCGACAGACACGGCCCUCUUCAAGAAGGUAUAUCGGUAUACCUUUGUUGCCGGUCGCGAGCGGGAUCAAAAGGCACUCAGCCUCGAAAAUGCCAUGAUCUACUGGAGUAUCCUGUUUUCUCCCCCCGGGAUGUCCUGGGAGACGGCCAACCACGACUGGCUAGAACUCUGGAAGUCAUUUCUCAACGAGAAAUGGACUCGGUCCGUCAACAAGGACAUGUGGAACAUGACUCUCGAGUUCGCCCUUAAGGCUAUGGCUGACGAGACGCUAUCCUUCUGGAACGAGGACGGCGCAUGGCCCAGCGUCAUUGACGACUUUGUCGAGUGGUGCCGAGUGAAGGGCAUCACAAAGUCCGAGUCCAUGGAUGUGGAUGCCGAUGCCUGA